AUGGCAAAAAUGGCUGGAAAGACAACGUCUUUCGGGCGAAAAUCCAACGUAUCGCAGAAACUGAACCCUAGAUUCUACGCUGCCAAAACAGGGGGUAAAAAAAUCAAAGCAUACCAAUUCAAUCAGAAACGCAACAGAAGGUUAAGCAUAGCCGAUUCCACCUCGUCUGAUUCUUCUGAUGGUCUUGCUGGCAAAGACCAUUUUUCACAUGACCAAUUUGGGUCGGGUUCGGAUUCGGACUCCGACUCCUCUCUCACUGCCAUGUCUGAGGAACAUGAAAAAGUUGCUAGUAGAAAGGGCUCUGUGAUAUUUGACUCUGCUAGUGCGGCAGCAUUGAAGACGAAACCUCAGAGGUCGCAGAUGAGUGGGAAAUCAUCCAAAAGCUUUGGUUCCGCCAGACCCACUAAGUCUCUCAAGUCAGCCAGAAAAGAAGUGUAUGGCAAGUCAAUCUCCUACACUGCCGCUCUAUCUUCUGAUGAGGAACUGGCCGACGAUGAUGGAGAUGAAGAUGAUGAUAUCGAGGAAUUCACCGAUCGAGAAGAUCCUUUUGCUCAAAUCAAGGUCGUUGGAGCUGAUGACGAAGAUAAUGAUAAGAUUGGUCUUGAAGCAAUAUAUUCCAUGGUGGGCAGAACGAACAAUUAUCCAUCGUCUAAUUCUGAGGAGUCGAAUGAUGAAGACUCACACGACGAUGACGAGUUGGACUCUUCCUCUUCUGAUGACUCGGAAGUGGACUUUGUUCGGUUGCAAGUUGAGCGCAGAAAAAAUAAUGUCAACCCCGGCCAAAAACCUGGAAAGGAGAAGAACCCGAAAGAUUUGCAAGCUUCAAGCACCGUGAAGACGAAAAGGCGCAAGAGCUCAAUUUACCGCAGAAGAUCGGAAGUUGCGAUUCCAGAAGACAUUAACUUUCGCUUCGAAUUCGAUGAUCCUAUUGCUGAGCUGGCUAUAGAAGAUUUCAGUGAAGGAGAUAACAACUUCACAGAUCUAAAGAAAGAGGAGGAGGAGGACCUUGGCGAGGAGGUUCUGGAUGACAAGUCUCACAAAUCGUUCGACUUCCAUUUCGACCAGCCACUAAUAGAAGUUCCCAAAAUCAAUGAAGAGGAGCUUAACUCGGAUGACGAGUACGCGUUCGACGAUAAUGAUUUGCUCGCGACAUUGCAGGCGGACAAUGACUUUGAUGAGUUUAUCAAAGAGCCGCAGAGCGGAUUUUCAAAGGUGAGACAGGGGUCUUUGAGCUCAAUGAAUGAUGACGAGAAUGAGGACUCUUUCUUGAAAGAAGAAGAGAAGUAUUUGGUCAACGAGUUCGAGGCCAACGGAUUUGAUGAAGAUGACAUAGACUCCGAGCGCAUGGAGACAGCGCGGGCCGUGAACUCCUUCAAUGAGAUCGACAGCACAGGGGCCCAAAGCUCGCAGGCUGUUCAAUAUGCUAGUUCGAGUGACGAAAGAUCACAGUACAGCGAGGACGAUGAGGCUGACGAGGCGGUCGAGUAUGAUUUUGACGAAGAAGACGGCGAUGAGUAUGUGGACUUCAUCGAUUUCGACCAGCCUCUCUUCGACGACGCCAAUUCAAAACUGGAGGGUGUCAAGGAGAUCAGCUCUCAGAACCUGCAAAAGAAACAAUCGAAGAAGAAGAAGGCCCACUUUCCUAAGAGGAAAAAGGGGCCGCUUGAUAGUGAAGAUGAAGACGACUCGUACUUGUGGAACUAUUUCUUUAGUUCUGAUGCGGAAGCUUACAGCGGCUCCGAGAUCGACCAGUAUGAUGCAGACGAGCAGUUGGUGCUUGAGGAGGUCUUCCGCCAGAAUCUCGAGGAUCGGAAGCGGCAGUUGGAACGGGAGUCAAGUAUGGAGCCGGUUGAGCCGGGACAAGACCUCGGCGAAGAGAGUGGCGAGUCCACGGAUGUUGAUCUUUCUCUCCCGUCACACGUGGACGAUGGAGGUGUUGGGUCUAAGCUGGCCAAGGAGGUCUUGUCCUCCAAAACCGCUGACUAUCGGCCGCCAGUCUUGGGCACGUGGGCGGCUCUCGAUAGCAAGCCCUUCGGGAUCAUUGACGGGCUUUCCACGCGCACUUUGAACAACCAGUCCGGAGCAAAAACCCCCAGGGCCAAGAACUGGCGUGGUUUCGCGUUCAAGUCCAACAGUGACGAUCUGGCAAUCGAGCUUGAGGAGCUCCUUAAUGUCAGCGAGCUUGAUAACGACGACGAGAACGACGUGCGCAUUUGGCGAGAUUUCAACAACAACAAGAAGCACGUUCCUCUCGGGGCAUUCCGGAACAAAGCGCACAUCUCGCACCCGAUGGUGGUGGCCGAGCCGAUGACGAACUACAAUGACUCGAAAAACACAAACUACAACCGGAAGCGAAGACAUUCGCACUCACAUGUGAAAGCCAAAUUGGCCCUGCGGAGCCUUGAACAUGCUCCUCCUCCAUCCUCUCCCAGUUUGUCCAAAGACCUCAACUUGCCAUCCAAACUGAAGUUGCGCCGUGCUUCGAUAGCCGAUGCGGUGUCUGAGGGGUAUAGGCCUACGAAAUCUGGACUUUUUAGUGAGAAUGUCUUGGCAGACGUGGAGGAGGUUUUGGGGGAGGACAGAGACUUUAUGGCCUUGGUCACGGGUCUAUGA